CUUCGAAAUCACAUGACUGGUGACUAAGUUAAAUCUUCCUUACUGUUGAGUCGGAUGAUCUUCCUGGUGAGUUUAAAAUAUCGGAGAUAUUAAAUCAUGUUGCCAUUUUUUCUCUUUUCGACGCUGCUUUCUCCCAUAUUUACUGAAUCUGAGAAGCAACAGUGGAUCUGCAACUCCUCCGAUGCAAUUAUUUCCUACAGUUACUGUGAUCACAUGAAAAUCCCUAUUUCAAUUAGUUCUGAACCCUGUAUAAGAUUGAAGGGAACCAAUGGAUUUGUGCAUGUUGAAUUCAUUCCAAGAGGAAACUUAAAAAAUUUAUAUUUCAACCUGUUCAUCAAUAUCAACUCCAUAGAAUUGCCGAAGCGCAAGGAAAUUGUUUGCCAUGGAUAUGAUGAUGAUUAUUCUUUUUGCAGAGCUCUGAAAGGGGAGGCUGUCAACACAGCAAUACCAUUUUCCUUCGACGGAAUACUAUUUCCUAAGGGCCAUCACAGAUGUGUUGCAGAAGCCAUUGCUGGGGAUACAGAGGAAAAGCUGUUUUGUUUGAAUUUCACCAUCAUUCACCACCGUAAUGUUAAUUAGAUGCAUUGAGUCUCUCUCUCUCUCUCUCUCUCUCUCUCUCUCUCUCUCUCUCUCUCUCUCUCUCUCUCAUAUAUAUAUAUAUCUCAAAAGCAGUGUUCUGUUUUUUGUUUAAAAUUUUUUCCCAUUUAUCAUUCAUUUUAGUAUGUGUGAGAGCCCUGGUUGGCCUGGAACUUGGAUUACCUGCCUUUGCCUCCCAAGUGAUGGAAUUAAAGGUGUGUACCAGGAUUCCCAGUGGCAGCCGCUCCUCCCUCCUCUUGCUCCUCUUCCUGCUCCUCUUCCUCUUUGAGUCAGGUUUUCACUGUGUAGCUCAAGAUGGUCUUGUAUUUCUUACACUAAUGCCUUAGCCUCUUGGGUGCUGAGAUUACAAAUCACAAUUGUUGCUUGUAUUUCAAAGAUCUUGGUGUCUAUUUUAAGCAGGUAUUGGGAAAUAUAAAAAUACAGAUCUAACAUUAAAGAUUGUUUUGCGUUAUAAUUAUUUACUUAUGUUUUUCAGUGUUGGGAAUUGAAUAAAUGGCUUCAUAGAUGCUAA